GGAGAUACACAGUCCAGUCCCACCCUCUGGAAAUGGCCAUCCAUCUGCUGCAGCCAGGUGUUACGUGGGCGUCCCCUUGACCUGGUCCAACCAUUUGGGUCCCCAGCAAAAACGCCGGAUUACUCUCAGGGAAACGCGCCAAAUGGUCAUAGUGCCAUAACUGAUGCUCCCUCACAAUGCAGAUGGUGGUGAAGAUCUUCACAGACAUGGACCAGGACUCGGAGGAGGAGAAGGAGCGUUAUCUCCACUUGGCGCUUCACCUGGCCUCCGACUUCCUCCUCAAGCAUCCAGACAAGGAUGUGCGGCUGCUAGUAGCCUGUGGCCUGGCUGACAUCUUCCGCAUCUACAGACCCGAUGCACGCCAUACCUCUCCUGAGAAGCUCAAGGAUAUAUUCAUGUUCAUCACUCAGCAGCUGACAGGACUUGAGGACACAAAAAGUGUGCAGUUCAACGAAUACUUUUACCUGCUUGAGAACAUUGCCUGGGUGAAGUCCUACAACAUCUGCUUUGAGCUUGAGGACAGCAAUGAGAUAUUUACUCAGCUCUAUAAGACAUUGUUCCAAGUGAUUAACAACAGCCACGAACAGAAAGUACAGAUACACAUGGUGGAGCUGAUGAGUUCCAUCAUCUGUGAGGGGGACACCGUGUCCCAGGAGCUGCUGGACACUGUGCUGGUCAACCUGGUGCCGGGGCACAAAAACCUCCACAAGCAGCCCUAUGAGCUGGCCAAAGCCCUGCUGAAGAGGACUGCCCAGGCCAUCCAGCCCUGCAUCACCAACUUCUUUACCCGGGUUCUGAUGCUGGGCGAGACAUCCGCGAGCCUCCUCUCAGAGCACGUCCUCGACCUCAUGCUGGAGCUCUACAGCAUCGACAGUCGCCUUAUUUUCCCUGUGCUCCCCCAGCUCGAGUUCAAACUAAAGAGCUGCGACAGUGACCAGCGCCUUCAGGUCGUCAAGCUUCUGACCAAAAUGUUCGGAGCAAAAGAAUCCGAACUGGCGACACAGAACAAGUCCCUUUGGCAAUUAUUUCUUGGAAGGUUCAAUGACAUCCAUGUUCCUGUUCGACUGGAGUGUGUGAAAUUUGCCAGCCCCUGCCUCAUCAACCAUCCAGACCUUGCCAAAGAUCUCACAGACUACCUAAGGGGUCGGUCACAUGACCUCGAAGAGGCCAUCCGGCACAAUGUCAUUGUGUCGAUUGUGACCGCUGCCAAGAAGGACCUGGCCCUCGUCAACGACCACCUGCUGAGUUUUGUGCGUGAAAGGACCCUGGACAAGAAGUGGAGGGUGCGUAAGCAGGCGAUGAUGGGCCUGGCACAGAUCUACAGGAAGUACGCACUGCAAGCGGAAGCGGGGCGAGAAGCUGUCAAGCGGAUCUCCUGGAUCAAGAAUAAGCUGCUGCACAUCUACUACCAGAAGAGCAUGGAGGACAGGGUGCUUGUCGAGCAGAUCUUUGCCCAGUACAUGGUGCCACACACUCUGGAAACAACGGAGAAGAUGAAGUGCCUCUACUACCUGUAUGCAGCCCUGGACGUCAAUGCCGUCAAGGCCCUAAAUGAGAUGUGGAAAUGUCAGAGUGUCCUGCGGCGUCACGUUAAAGACCUGCUGGACCUGCUCAAUAAGCCCAAAUCAGAAACAUGUAGCAAAGCUGUUUUUUUCAAAGUCUCGGUCAUCGCGAGGAACCUGCCGGCCCUGGGCAGGGCCAAGGACUUCGUCAAGAAGUUGGCCCAGCUCCUAGAGGAGGACGGCAAGAUCCGGAAACAGCUGGAGAUGGUGGUCAGCCCAUGCUGCGCCCGCCAGCAGGCCGAGGGCUGUGUGAGAGACAUCACAAAGGCUCUGGACCAUCUUGGACAGCACAGCAGCCCUUUUGCGGAGAUGGUGACAUCCCUGUUGGAGAGAAUCGCACCAGUUCACAUCGACGCAGAGUCCAUCAGCGCCCUGAUCAAACAGAUGAACCGCUCGAUAGAGGGGACAGCAAAUGAUGACGAUGAGGGCGUGUCCACAGAACAAGCUGUCAAGGGCGGUUUGCAGCUACUGAAGGUUCUGUCCUUCACGCACUCCAUGUCCUUCCACUCGGCUGAGACCUUAGAGUCUCUGCUGGACUGCAUGAAGAUGGAUGACGAAAAGGUGGCUGAGGCGUCCCUGCAGAUUUUCAGGAACACGGGUGGAGGGAUAGAGGAGAGCUUCCCACACCUCAUACAGGCCCUCCUGCCAUUACUGCAGCAGAAAGCAAAGAAUGGGCUGCCCCGACAGGCCAAGCUCGCCGUUCACUGCAUCCACACCAUCUUCUCCAACAGAGAUGCACAGUUUGCGGAGAUAUUUCAGCCUCUGCACCAGGCCCUGGAUGCUGGCAGCCCUGAGAAGCUCAUCACGCCCCUCAUCACCCUCGGCCACCUGGCCAUGCUGGCCCCCGGGCAGUUCAGCAGCUCACUGAAGUCCCUGGUGGCCAACUUUGUCAUCAAGGACCUGCUCAUGAACGACCAGAUUCCCGGGAAGAAGGCAGCCAAACUGUGGGCCCCCCAUGAUGAACUUUCUCCCGAAACCCUGGCGAAGAUUCAGGGCAUCAAACUGAUGGUGAGGUGGCUGCUGGGAAUGAAAAACAGUCAGAGUGAGUGGGCGAACUCCAUCGUGAAGGUGCUGACGGCCAUCCUGAAGGGCGGCGGGGAUCUGACCGGUGGGGGCAGGCUGAGGAAGGUGGACAUGUCGAGGCUGCGUCUGGCCGCGGGCUGCGCUGUAUUAAGGCUGGCACAGGAACCCUGCUACCAGGAGAGCAUCACGCAGGAGCUAUACCGGCUCUGUGCGCUCCUCAUCAAUGACGAAUGCGUCCAGGUACGCCAGGCCUUCACCCAGAAGCUGCACAGCGCCCUCUGGAGGCUGCGGCUCCCCAUACAGUACAUGGCCAUAUAUGCCCUGUGCACCAAGGACCCCAUGAGGGAGCACCAGGCUCAUGCCCGCCAGUGCUUUCUCAGGAACGUCCACGUCCGCAGGCAGUACCUGAGGCAGCACGCCCCGCUCAGCGGGAAGCUGCCCUCCCUCCUGCCAGAGUACGUGGUACCGUACACCAUUUACCUGCUUGCUCACGACCCAGACUACGUCACAGCACAGGACGCUAAGCAGCUGAAAGGAAUCAGGGAGUGCUUGCGGUUUGUUGUUGACAUGCUAAUGGUGAAAAACGAGAGCAACAGUCUCACGUUCAUCCGGAAGUUGGUGGAGAACAUUAAAUGGGCGAAAUGUGGCCAGACACUAGACAACCCCAAGACAAAUGAGAAACUGCACACUGUGUGUAACAUAGCCUUGAGCAUCAUCUCGAAGAGCAACACCUACAGCCAGGAGUUGGCCAAAGGUCCCGCCCUGCCUGCCAGAAAUUUCCACCAUCCUGACAUGAGUAUCAGCAGUAUGAAGAGUCACCCCCCUCCGGGAAUGAAGUCCUUUAUCAAUCUGGGAAAGCCUAGAGUCGCAAGCAUCUUUGGGGCAGUAAACAAGACCCUACCCGCCACGGCCAGGCAGCCACACGCCAAGCUGCCCUGGACAGAGGCAGUGUGCAGUGACAGCUCUCUGGGUUGGCAGAAAACCUGGGUGAAGCACUCUGAGUACAAUGAAGUCUCCCCUGUGAAGAUCUCUCUGGUACCAGGAACGCAGUGCAACUGGAGAGCUAGAGAUGACUCCGUACUGCUCAGGGGUGGGGAGAGACUGCAGGGACUCAAGCGAAGAGCAGCUACUGGGGAGGGGGACAAGCAUGUGGGCCGGGCCUUGAGGCCUAAGCGUGUCUGCAGGAGGGCUGUCAGCUGUCAGUUUCAGGCAGAACUCCAGGCAAUAUCAGCCGCUCUAGAGCCAGGGGAAGAGCACAACAGCUCCACCAAGAGGGGUCGGAGAGGCCACACCCCCAGGGCUGCCUCUCUCAGGUGUGGGGCACUUACUGAGAGGGGUCAUAAAAAGCCCAGCCCUCUCACAGAGGUGGAAGAGGAUGACGAUGAUGAGGAGCUACCUGCAGUUCAGACCAGAUGCAGGGCUCUCUUCAAGACAGCAGGGGGUGAAGAAAACAAUUUUGGGUAUGGAAGGAGAAUGGAUGAUGACAAUGAGGAAGUGGGGUGUAGCAUAGCCAAAAUCCAAGAAACACCAGGCAGGAGGGAGCGAAGAUGAACAUGAGCAUCACUGAAAAGAAGAAUGAACUGACAAGAAUCCCCGUCUGUGUUCCGAGAGCCCUCCAUAGCGGUGUUAAUGGAGGCUGGGCUCAAAGGAGCCCUGCAUUUGCAGUUUGCCGUCUCCAUGGUCCAAGUUGUCACAUUCAUACCAUAACUGGUCAAUGGGUUGCUUUCUAAAGAAACAUAGUUAUAGCUAAUGAGGUGAACAUAAAUGCUCUUUUCCAUGUCUACCUAUUUUUUAAGUGCCUCAGGUUUUGACCUGCUUCUAAGGAUUAGCAAGCAAAAAUUGUCAAGUGGCAUUUUCUCUGUUUACAUUUUUCUAAGCCUUUUCUAAGGUUUCCGCUUUGUGAGAAAGGGGCAUUAAAUUUGUCAUUUGUUUGUCUUUGAAUUCAUUUUCUGCUUAUUAAAUGAAAAGAAAUGAAAGACUGUUUAUAAACAAAUGCUAAAAUUCUGUUAUAAACCAAGUAUUUACACCGUGGUAUCAUUUCUGUGCAUGUGUUCAUUAUAUAAACAAUAAAACUGGCAGUUCCUCCAUGUA